AUGUGUGUGUGACAGCUUCGUGUUUGUACACAAAAUGAAAUGACACCAACUUUUGAUGCAAUGUUUCAAUAUGAUAUCUUCAGUAAUUACUUCAAAAUUGUAGCUUAACUUAAAGAUAAUGUAUAUAAGAUUUCGCCACCUAACAUUUCACUGGGUCAGAACUCAACACUAAACGAAUAAAUGGAAAAAAAUACGAAAACUGCAGAAGUAACGCCAUCUACUGACGCAGCGUUACCUAGCUGACUAAAACGCAUCACCUUAAACCCAUAGAUUGAACCCAACAUGAUAUAACCUAUUUGGAGGACUGAUAGGUACUGCCAAUAACAACUGAAAAGAACAUUUUUCUUUCUAAUCUGUGCAAUCUUGUCAACAAACCUGUAUCCACCCUUGAUCCACCCGAGGUUGGUUACGGGCUGAACAAUAUUUUCUUCCGAAAUCGGUACUUAGUAGAUAUUAUUAGUUAUGGCUCGCAAACCUCCCGUAUCUAUUCAAGAGAACAUAGAGACAAAUGAAGAAUUUGAAGAAUAUAUCGAGAAGCAUUCCAAUGUAUUGAUUUGUAUGGAAGUAUACUCUGAGUUUUGUGGUAACUGCUUGGCUACUGGUCAGGCUGUGAGGAAGGCGAAGCUUGAGAUUGGAGGCGACAAUAUAGCAAUGUGCAAGGUGCAAUGCGACAAAAUAGACGCGUUGGAGAGAUUCCAGAACAAAAGUGAGCCGAUAUUUCUCUUCUUGCAGAAAGGCAAAUUAACCAAAGCCAUGUUUGGCGCCAACGGUAUCGAGCUGUGUCGCAUCGUGGAAGAGGAAUUGGGACUCAUGAAGACCGAGCAAGACUUGGGUAUAGAGGUGCCCAAGUACAACAUUGGAGAGAUGCUGCCUAUGGAAGCUGAAAAGCAAGAAGAAGACCAGCGUAGAGACAGGGAGUACAGCGAGCAAGCACACAGGCUGCGCGUGCUAACGCUGGCUGCGCGUAAGGAGCGUGUCUCGCGCCGACUAGCGGCCAACGUGAAGAGGCUCAACUUCAUCAUGUUCUGGCCGCAGCACCACCAGGCUCACUACGACUUGUAUGAGAAGUGGGAUAUUGUCAACAUCCAAGUGGCUGCGAAGGACACCUUCCAGCUGACAGAAGACACGGCGAGAGAAGCUCUGUAUAUGAGCGACGUAGACCUGAAUGAAGCGUGCAUGCACUCCCUGCUGUCCGGAGAGGUGCUGGUGGUACUCUUCAAGAUGUUUGACACUGAUGACCGGGACUUCGUCAAACUGAUGCGAUACGCACUAUACGAAGAGAUACCGGUGCCUAAGGAGGACGUCCCUCCGGAGAAGCAGGUGCCCCCAUUCCCCGCGUACGAGAGGUACGCCAGCAUCAGCAAGACGGCCAGGGAGGUGCGCAGGGAGAGGUACGAAGCCAAGAUGGCCAAGCUGGCACAAGAGAAAGAGGAACGCGACAGACUGGCGAAGGAAACUGAGAGACUCGCAAGAGAGGCAGAGGAAGAACGGUUAAAGGAGGAGAAGCAAAGAGCUGAUGAUGAACGGAUGGCCAGGCUAGCUGCCGGAUUACCAGCAGAACCGGACCCGUCAGAGGCGGCGGCAGCAGAUGGCGCUGAAGGGGAAGGAGGUGAAGGCGGUGAAGGGGGCGAGAAGCCUGAAGGAGAAGGUGCUGAAGGUGAAAAAGCUGAGACCGUAGUUACGGAUGUGACCGAUGCAACUGAUACGACUAUGCAAGAGGGAGAGCUCCCGCCUCCCGAAGGCGAAUUCGCGGGCGAAGCAUUACCGGAGGAAUUCCACUCGGAUAUAACUAUUGAGGAUGAGGAGUACAUUCCUCCGGGAGGUCUCUUCGUGCCCGGCCUCUACUCACCCCCCAACGACUUGGCGAAGGCCAAUGGACUUAAGCUGUUCUUCCCUAAGGCAAUCUCAUAUACCUAUUUCUUCUUUUAAUGUCUUGUGAAGUUCACCAACCUUCUAGACGUAACAUAGAGUAUUGGUUCAUAGCAUGCUAUAUUAUGAACCAGCUAUUAGCUACGCGAUAAAUAAACCAAUUCCAUUGGUUGAAAAUCUCAAAUAUCGUGAUAUCUGGGUUCCUUAUUAUGGCUCGGUUAGGUCUAAAUGGCUUUUACAGACGUAAUCGGACCUAACGAACCCCGUAAAAACGGAAUAACGCUAGGGAGAUGGUGAACCAAAUAAAAAACGGUCUCACAAAUAGUUAAUUAAGAUUUUGCUGCGCCGCAAUUUUAUACAGUAUAGCGACUGUUCACGUUGUUCGAGUUACAUUGAUGGAAAUCAAUAAAAAAAUAUAUGUCACUUUUAUUGUUUAUUUUAAAUUUGGGUUCCCUACAGCUUAAAGCACAAAAUGGGAACACGAAUAUUUUCAUGAAUUUUCCGGUAGGAAAUUCCACUUGAUAUCAAAUCAGAAUCAUUGUCUGAAUCAAAUAACCCCCAAAGUUUUCGGCACGGUGUCACUAACACCCUGUUAAAGGUUUUUCCCAGAACAUAUUAACGUUUUCCUGUCGUGUGGGUUGUGAGAUGGAAUACUCGUACCAACCUCAUCAACCCUGGCGUCAGGGUUAUUUAUUACUGAGCCGCCAAAGGCCCCUGACAUGGCUCACGUUAAGCCGUUGGUCCCGGUUACUACUUACUGAU